CGUCAUGUUCCAAGUCCUGAACAUUUGUAUACUUUUAGUUAUAAGGAAAGCUCUUUCCCGAGAUGAAUAAUAAAUGUGUUAUCUUAUUGUUUGCAUUAAAUAUAGCAAACUUGAACUGUUUCGAUUUACCACGGAAAAUUGGACAAAUCAGUGUAAAGCAUGCAGCUUUUCUAAACUUCAGAACAAACACAGCCACAUCGAACAAAUAUGAUUUGUUAAUUUCGACAUUUACUGGUUCGCCAUUCUCUGGUGGUACUGUAGAAAUGAUAUCUAAUGUGGGAGACCAUUAUGAUAACUUUGGACAGACCCGUACUGUAAAGCUGGCUGGUGGAUUGGCUUGGCCUAAUGAAGUAGCUAGCGUACCCGAUUCAGUGUUUGGAAAAUCAAUGGUGGUAAUACCAGAUGGGUUUUUGGUACCAUUUCAUACAAAAGGUGCCAUCUAUUUGGUAGACAUUUCUACUGGUAGCCCACAAGGUCCAUACAAAAUAACAGGGACCAAGGAAGGAAACUGGUUUUAUCACAGAGUUUUGUUCAAGGACAUGGAUGGGGAUGGUGACCUUGAUAUUGUCACCUGCAGAGCCAGGGAACCUAUUUUUACAAUAUUCUCGUCAAAGGACAGCGAGUUAUUGUGGUUAGAAAAUCCAGACAACCAUCAAUACACAUCUGUAUGGCAAGAGCAUGUGAUCACACAUGGUCCUGAUGUAUACUUUAGAAAUUUAAAGAUAGCAACGCCAGAUGGAACAUUUGAUGUUAUUGCAACAACCGAGUUUUUCACACGUAAACUCUCCAUUCACUGGACUACCGACAGCCAGAACAGAUGGACAGAUAAAUCAAAAAUCCAUUCACGUGUUGUUGAUAGUAAUGCAGGGGCCUUAUUUGAUAUAGAAGUCAGAGAUCUAAAUGCGGACGGUAAACUAGAUUUACUUGUAGUAUCCAAUGGCAACAACGGUUCUGUAUUGGCGUAUGAAAUCCCAAACGAUUUUAGGGUUGGUAAAUUCGAACGUCAUACUUUAGCUACUGGGUUUACACCAGCUACUUCGGGAACCGGAAAAGGUGCUCCAGGUUCAGCUUUUGGGUUCUUUACAAUGAAACAAAACACAACAGAUAAGAAACCUUACAUACUGGUAUCCGGAGAUGAUGAUGGCAAGGGGUAUAUAUUGGAACCAUCCAGUUCACGUACAGACGACUGGUCCUACCAAUCACAUAAAUUUGUAGACGUUGGAAAGGGAACAGUUGGACAGUUUGUCUUUGGUGAUGUCAACGCAGACGGCUAUACUGACAUAUUUGUACCUGCAUAUAACGAUGGAACAAUUUCUUUAUAUACAUUUGCACCUUCAAUCUCAGAUACAGCUACCACCUUUGGUUAAUUAAAAUAUUUUCAUUAAUUAUGAUGCAGAAGGAAUUUGUUAAAUUUUUCGUAUACGCGAAGAAUAUAUUGUAUGUUAACGCUAAACAUAAUAGUUUCACGGUAUCCUAAUGAUAGAGGCAUUAUCAAAAAUAUAUAUAACUAAACUGUUGUAAUGUUGGUUUUUGUUUGUGUAUGUGUUGCUGGGUUAUCUGAAUUUCACAAAAUUGACCUAAUUUAACUGACGCCGGAAUCCAUGUAAAGUGAAUGACAUCUCAGUCAAGUUUUCGUGCGGCGUGUCAGAUGUAGUUUCAAGUUCAUAGAAAUUUGAAGAGGAUCUGAUGAACAAUGAAGUAGCUGUCCUGUCAACAAGAAUCAAUAUGGGAUAUGUUUACAAGUUUGCUCCCAUAGUCACAUUUUUCUGAAUAUUGAACUCGAUCUGAGGUAUUGAUCAGUGGAACCCUUUAAUUCAAUUUAGAAGACGAUUCGACAAAAAAUGAAGCAGCUAUCCUCGCGACAACUAAGUGAUAACAGAUGGACGAACGGACAAAACAUUAUACCCUCCGCAACUUCGUUGCAUGGGAUAUAAUAACAAAUAAGACAACUAUAGAUCAUCGUACAGUCUUCAAAAAAUAGACAAGUGUCUGUACACUUACAUGCCGAUCUUUAAAUAGUCACGAGUCUUAAACAGUUGUAGUAAAUAAAUUAAACAGAACCUAUCAAACUUUAAUAUUCACCAUCAACACCAAUUUUCAAAAUAAAAAUGAAACAACAUUGAUUUAUGAACAAUAUACGCCACUAACAUAUAUCACAACACAUUCCAUGCUUAACUUACUUGAAUAAAAAAACCCUUGAAGAUCGUAGAAUAUAAAGACUAACGAUGACGUACAUGCUUGCCAACGGGACGGUCUAUGUUUACACCGAAAACAUUCUCACUCUGCUAGACAGAAUAUCUCAAAACACAAACCAGCGUAAAAAGAUUCUAAGUAUCAUCGUGUAGAACAAAAGUGAGGAAAGAAUCGUUCUACCUAAGAACCAUUAGAGACUAUAACACCCUACCACAUGCCCCCAUCAGUCAUGAAUGUAUUAAGACCCUCCUACAUGAGACGAACUAAUUUAAAACCACUAUCUAGGUUGUUUGUAACUUCACUGUUUAUAGAAUGUUAAGCAUAAACUUCUUUUUUAAAUAUUAACAUGUGCAUCCAAAAGUGGCAGAAUAACUUCAAUUUAUUGAUCGUGACUACGUAUAUAUGAUCGGGAAACCCCCAUUCUACACUCACUGUCCUUUAAUAAUGUGUAGAAAGUAUGACCUCAGAAUCAAUAGAACUGCCCCUCUUUGUAUGUGAUCAUGCAUGGUUGCUGGUGUUAAUAUCUGGGAACUCAAUUUUUGCACUUUCAGUAUGUUUAGUUACUUUGACCUUAAAAUUGGCAGCAAUAAUAUCAAAAUCAAAAGAGAGUUCCCUCUUAUUAUAUGCAUGUUUAGUUGAUAUUUUUUCUGGAAACUCCUUUUCUGUACUGUUUAUCUUUAAUAACCAUGACUUUGACCUUGACCAGUGACUUCAAAAUGAAUAGGGAUCUUCCACUCGUUAUAUAUGAUCAUAAUAUGCAUUGACCAUGACCUAACUACUGCUCUUUUUAUUCAGACUUUUUAUGCCCCUUUGAAGUUUUUUCCAUGCUUAUUUCCCACAUUGUUAUCAUAACUCCUUUUGCUUUGUUUAAUAUCUUAAUAUUACUUGUGAACUAGCACAUUACAAUCCAGCUCAGUGUGUCGGUCUAGUAAAAAGCAAGGUUCACAAGCAUAUCACAUCAGCAUGUUCUCGUCCUAAACUGAAUGAAAUAUAUGCCUUUGGAUGUUAAAUACCAAUUAGUCUAUCAACCAAUCUAAAUAUAUUGAGAUUUUCCCCAGUUUUAAGGGACCACAUAGGAGGCCCUCUGGUUUAUAAGUUCAAAGAGAGAAGACUAUAGCAAAAUUGAGUACAUCAGAACAUCAAAGCAUAUACAAAUUUCCGUACUAUGCGCUUUCAAUGUACCAAGUUUUAUGUAGAAACAUUUAACCAUGCAAAAAGAGUUGUGAAAACAAUGUGUAAAUCAACAUGGUAAAAACAGGACACAAUUCUGAAUAACCUGGGAAAAACAAAAAAUCAUUAGGAGUUUCAUGGUCAAUUGCAUUGUAAAGUGCAAUACAUAUUAGACUAUGAACGAAGAAAUUGAUCCAGACAAAUGAAUGAAUUCCUAUAUACCCUAAUGAAUUUUGUGAUUUAAUUACUUACACUUGUUUGUUUGUUUCUUCUUUAUCAGAGAAAUUAAAAUAAUUAUUAUUGUCAGAUUGACAGCAAACCAGAUUUUCCUGCAUGAAAAAAGUAAAACAACAAAAAUACCGAACUCCAAGGUUAUAAGACCUUAUAAGAAAGGCAACACACUAAAUAGACUUUACCUUUAUAGCAAAAAGUAAAAUGACAAAAAUACCGAACUCCAAGGAAAAUUCAAAAUGGAAAGUCCCUUAUCAAAUGGCAAAAUCAAAAGUUCAAACACAUCAAAUGAAUGGAAAACAUCUGUCAUAUUCCUGACUUAGUACAGGCAUUUCCUUAUGUAGAAAAUGGUGGAUUUACCCUGGUUUUAUAGCUAGCUAAACCUCUCACUUUUAUGUAAAAUGAUAUUUGUAAAUCUGGACCCCCCAAACAGGAUUAAGUAAAAAAAAUAAAUGAAUUUUUGUAGUGUUCAGAAGACUGAAGUGGAAAGGCCAAAAUCAAUCACUUUUCUACUUAAGGUCUACAACUCAACAAUGAUGAAAAUUGAAUUUGACCUUCAUUUAGUCGCAGGAAACAACAUAUAUAAAUUUGAAAAGAUUUUGUCAAAGUGUUUUCAAGUUAUCGAAUGGACACUGUUUGGCAGCUUAUUGGCAAUUAUACCACAUAUUCUUAUUUUCCUCUUGUUUAGAAGGCAUACACAAAACUUGAAAUAGUUCUCUUUGCAACUAAUAAAUAGGUAAUACUAGGAGGGGGACAUAUAUUUUGAAAAAAAUAAAUGGAGAAUGUGUCCCCAUGGACACAGAUAAUGCCCCCGCUUGCAUACAACAUUAUAAAGGGACAUAACUCAAGAAUGAUAAAAGUGACGCUACCCAAAUUCAACUUGAUCUGUGUUUUGUGGUAAAAAGUAUUGUGUAUAAGUUUCAUAACAUUUGGUUGAGGCAACUUAAGUAAGAGAACGAAAACUAAAAAUUUUGCAUUUUUUUGCAUUUAUAAAGGGGUAUAACUCGAGAAUGGUUAAAGUGACCCCACAAAUAUUCACACUUGACCUUUAUUUUGUGGUAAUAAGCAUUGUGUAUAUGUUUCAUAAAAUUUGGUAGAGGCAAACUAAAGUUAGAGAACGGAAACAAAAAAUUUUGCAAUUUUUCCAUUUAUGAAGGGGCAUAACUCUAGAACAAUUAAAGUGACACUACCAAAAUUCAAUCUUGAUCUGUAUUUGGUGGUAAUAAGCAUUAUGUAUUAGUUUCAUAUCAUUUGGUUGAGGCAAACUUAAGUUAGAGAACAGAAACUAAAAAUUUGCAAUUUUUCCCUUUAUAAAGGGGCAUAACUCUAGAACAGUUAGAGUGACGCUACCAAAAUUCAAACUUGAUCUGUGUUUUGUGGUAAUAAGCAUUGUGUAUAAGUUUAAUAACAUUUGGUUGAGGCAAACUUAAAUUAGAGAACAGAAACUAAAAAUUUUGCAUUUUUCCAAUUUAUAAAGGGGCAUAACUCGAGAACAGUUAAAGUGACGACACCAAAAUUCAAACUUGAUCUGUGUUUUGUGGUAAUAAGCAUUGUGUAUAAGUUUUAUAACAUUUGGUUGAGGCAAACUUAAGUUAGAGAACUGAAACCAAUUUUGGGACGUACGGACGGACAAGGGUAAAACUUAAUGCCCCCUCCGCUACGCUAAAAGGAAGUAAUAAACUGAAUUUUGACCGCUAUGGUAUUAAAUUAUUAAGGCAUGAAUUGAAACUCUAGUUGGCAAGGAAUGAGAUUUAUUGCAAAUGAUAACAGAUUUAAUCAGGCUUACAACUAAAUAAAUAUCUCUGACACAACAACAUUCUAUAUCUAAAUACAAACAACUAUGUACUGACUGACCUCAAUGGAUUCAUCUGAUUGUUAAUUGUUAUUAUUAAUGCUGAAAGGUUCUCCCAACUGUCAACAGAGACAAAAGGUGAAGAAAAGGGAGGUAAUUAGAAUUUUAUUCCUAGUCUAAAUGAUUUGUUGGAAACAUGAGGAAAAUAUAACAGAAAAUCAAAAUAAGAAAAUUUACAAAAACAAGACAAAAACAAAACUCAACAAUCAGAAAAAUUUAAUUUUAAAAGUGGAAUAAAAUUUCUUAAUGAUUGAUUCAGAUUAUUUAAAAAGUCUAAGAUUUCAGAUCUAGUAUAGCCUGAAUGAGAUUUGUGUUUCACUGACUAAAUACAAAUACAAUUUUUAUAAACUCUAAAUACUAUAAUCCUAAUUUGUAAAAAUAAAGUUUUGAAUAUCACAAUAUUACAUGGCUAUAAUAUAAUUUAGAUAAAAUCUCAAUAUACUGUCAAGCACCUUAUAAUAAUAUAGAUACAUACUUCAUCGUCUUUCUGAAACGGUACACUGACAUGAACACAAUAUAAUUAUCUUUUUAACUGCCAGUAGAUUUAUAAUGUAAAGGCUAUCGUCAAACUACAAUAAAUAAUAUCACUAUAUUGUUCACAACAUUACAUUCUGUCAAAAAAUAUUCACAUUCAGUAAAAAAUAAAAACAUGGAGAUAUAGUUACAGCUU